GCUUAGCAUUCCCCAGGCCCAGUCCCAGCUCUGUCAAGAAAUGGGAGACUUCACCGUAUCACUGGGAAUUGGAUUCUAAACUUUAGGAUCAAGCAAUGAAAGGACCUGGAGUAAGAUACCUUCUUGACCUCCCUGAAGGGCUCUGAGCAGCUGAGCUUGCCUUUCUCUUUUCUCCCCCAGUCCUCCCCUUACUUCUCAGUCUCCUACUCCCCAUCGCUCCUUUCCCUGCCUCCUCCUGCCUGUCUCCUUCUUCCUCCCUUUCUUCUCUCACCCCAUUAAUCCCCCCUUGUCACUAUCACCUCCUCCCUCCAGUCUUUCCCCCUUCGCUGCCCCUUCUUUCCUCCGACCUUUCCUUCUCUUACUGCCCCUGUCUCCCACCUUUCUCCUCCGACCCAUAUCUCCCUCUCCCUACCUCCUCCUCUUGUUCAUCUUUCUCCUUCCCCCUUAUUUUUCUAUCUCCUUCCUCAGUCCCACUCCCCUUUCCACCCUCCUUUUGCCCGUCACUUCUCCUUCUCCCUCAUUGCCCCCUCCCUCUCUCCUCCUCCCCGGGUCCUGCCCCACUCAGCUCUGUUUGCUUUUCUCCCGGAUCCGGAUGGAGGGGUUGCCCUGCCCAUGCCCAGCCCUGCCCCACUUCUGGCAGCUUGGAUCUCGCUCCAUGGCUGAGGGCUCCAGGACUCAGGCCCCUGGGAAAGGGCCCCCACUCAGCAUCCACUUCCUGCGAGCCCAGUAUGAAGGCUUGAAGAGGCAGCAGAGGACCCAGGCCCACCUCCUGGUGCUUCCGAAAGGAGGAAACGCGCCUGCUCCUGCGGAAUCGAUAGUCAAUGCUGUUUGGAUUAACAAGGAGAGAAGGAGCUCACUGUCCCUGGAAGAGGCAGAUUCCAAGGUAGACGGGAGGCUGGAGGAGGCUGCCCAGGGCUGUCUUCAGGCCCCCGAGUCUCCGUGGCACACGCACCUGGAGAUGCAUCAUUUGGUUCAAACCUUCCCCCAGGACACCAGUCAUCAAGUACAUCACAGGGGCAAGCUUGUGGGAUCUGACCAAAGGCUCCCUCCUGAAGGAGACACACACUUGUCUGAAGCCAAUCAGAUGAUUCAGCAAGCAACCGGAAUCCCAGAGGCUGCCCAGCUUCCAUGCCAGGUGGGCAAUACCCAAACAAAGGCAGUGGAAUCUGGCUUAAAAUUCAGCACUCAAUGUCCUCUUUCCAUAAAGAACCCACACAGGUCUGGCAAACCAGCUUACUAUCCAUUUCCCCGGAGGAAAUCUCCCAGGAUCUCCCAAGCUGCCCGGAACCUGGGCUUAUAUGGCUCACCCUGAAGCUUUCUAUUCUGCCAGAUGUCUUGACCUUGAGGCCACCUAUGGCCUCAUGGAAGAACCAAUGAGGCAGAGCCACAACUAGGUCUCUAGCUAUGAGCAAGAACUGUACUAACCCAAUUAUAGGAAUUGUGGGAGAUGAACUUCACAGUGGUAACAUGGGUUUACCCUUCAAUAAGAAACUUCCCAGGCCAAAUGGCCCACAGUUUAGGAUGAAGAGGACUGGUCAGUGCAGCCCCAUUCUGACAUUGAUAUGAGGUCCUGGCUAUCCAUUCCUUGGGGAAGACCAGUAAGACAUCUGCUCCAUCCCUGGAACUGGAGAAUUUUGAAACAUAAACCAGGGACUCUAGCCAAUAGAAUGCCUUAGCAAUGCCCAGGGGUCAAUGGGCAUGGGCAUUCUUGUUUUCAAUGUCUUCUGAUGAUUUCUCACAUAUUCUGGAGAAGACCAGCUCUGAGAAUUCAGACGCUUCUUCUGGUGGCUGUGUCUGGGGGGCCAUCUCACUUAGAAGUCACAACACUCAUUGGCAGUGAUCACAUCAUUUCAAUUUGGGCUUCCCAAAGUAUGGUUACCCUGUAUGAAGGUGAGAUCAAUGCUACCUACCAUUUUGUGUCUUUAAGGAGUCUUUAGAAAGGGCUGAUCAUCUGCCACUGCUCACUGAGACAUGUACAUUCCAACAUCAUCACAGAUUUAUCUCCUUCCUUCCUUCUCUCCCUCCCUCCUUCUGUCUCUCCCUCCGUUCCUUCCUUCCUUCUUUCCUUCCUCUCUUCCUUCCUGUCUAUUUCUCUCUCUCUCUCUGCAAGUUAAUUUCUUAUUAAAAACUGCCACUCAUUGAAGAUAUAUAAUGAUGGGAUCCUGAACAAAAAGAGGCAAAGAAAUUCUCCUGCUUGAAAAAUAUGCAUUUCCUAGAGACUGCCUCCUGUUUAGUCCAACUUGGAUCACUCAGAUCCUUCCUGGGAUCAAACACAUAUUUUUAAACGUAAGACAAAGCAACCAGGUGUUACUUGGGUGAUAGGAAAAAAAGCUUGUCCUUCCUGAUUAAUGUUUAGCUUUAGUAAUGCUAUUUAAACACACCUAAGGUGCCUUUCCCUCAUCUCAGGUGCUUUCUCUGUAAAGUUUCACCCCCACCUUUCUUUUCUCCCCAUGGCCAUCCAGUCUUGCCCAUCUACAACCAGAGUUGUUAACUAGCAGUGUCAUUACCUGUCAAAAACAUGUAGGUGCCUCCUUGAACCACCCAGAAAUCCACUCCAAUUUGGGGAUUGUCAUUCCUUUUGUGAAUAAUUAAUACAAUUCAGUUGUUUUUAAAAUAUUCUAAUAAAAAAGGACAUUUUCUCAAAAAA